UUAUUGGCGAAGUGCUUGGCGGCGAGUGGAGCGAUGAGCAGCAGGUCACUCCCGAUCCCAAGUCGCCCCCCUUGCCAAGAUAUCUCUCGCCAGAGCAAAGAGGGAAUUCCCCCUCGAAGCUGAGAGAUUGGAUGCCAAGCAGAAUAUGGGAACUACAUUGCGCCUGGAGAGAAUCGUCCGUGCGUCCCGAUUUUUUACGUGGAGUGCACUGUCUGCAUGGCCUCUUCCAGCGGGUGACUGGAAGAAAUCUCUGGAUGGCGAUUUUGGUUUUGCGGUGGAUGCGGCAGCGAAACGUUUCAGCCUGCGGAAGGAAGAUCUGGAGGCCAAAAUCAGUGAUCCGAGCUACAAGAACUCGAGGCUGACGCCUGAGGCAUGGGCCAGACAGAACUACAUCAGGGUUGUUCCCAAGGCAGACCAGGGACUGGAGGGCACAAACACGAGACUCAAAGCUCUGAACUCCACGUUGAUCCUGCAAGUCACCAACCAGAAAGAAGAGAUCAAGAACACAAAGGCACAGAAUGACAAGCUUAUGAAGGUCAACAAAGAGCAAGCUGAGAAAAUCCAGGAGCUGCAGAAGGACUCAAGGGAGAUCGUCAGCCUUAAGGAGGAGAUUACCAAACUCACGGAGAGAGUGGCAAAGCUCGAGGAGGAAACUUCGAAGCUGAAGGAGAGAACUUCGAAGCUGAAGGAAGAAACUUCGAAGCUGAAGGAGGAACUUACAGACCAGAGUCGUCAGCUUUCAGCCCAGGGCCGUGAACUCUCAGCAUUGCGGCAGAGGUUAUCUGCAUUGCGCAUGUUCGAGCGAGUGCUUCUGCGAAAGCUCUGUGAGGCCGCUCGGGAGAAAUGCGUGAGGCUUGCGAGAGAAGCAGAUGUGGAAAUCCCACUCGCAGCCGAUGGAAAAACAAAUUGGAAUGCGUUUUUCAACAUUCCAGGAGUCGUGGUAUUGUUAAACGAUGCAGGGCUCACCGUGGGGCUCGAGUAUGCCAGAUCGAUCCCGUGGCGUUUGCAUGCCGGUACGUAUCAAGUGGUGGAGUCGGAGGAGGUGUUCGUGGACACAGUGCUGGAGCUGAUGCUCGACGAGUUCCAGACCAAAAUGGAGAACAUUCUGGUGUUCGUCUAUCCAGCAGCGCAAGCUUCUCUCCAAGCGGCCUUUGAGGCUGACUCUCCGACUGAGUGAAGGUUUUUCAACGCCCUCGAAUUUUCUCCCUUUGGUAGCCAUCCUCUCUAAGUUCUAGAGCCUCUUGUAUAAGUCUGCUGUUCUUACCAUCAGAAGAUAUUCAAAAAGUAAGCUAUUUAGUUAAGCAGCUGAAGUAAAUGUAAAAGCUCUUUUGUCGUUAAAUCUUCUUGCUCAUUUUCUUUGA